GUGAUUUAAUCCAAUUAGACGAUGCAUCCUUAUCACCUACUCAAAAUAUAUCUUCAGACAAUGUUUCUUCAAAUCUACCCCAAAAUAAUAUAGAAUGGUUUGAUAAUAUAGAAGAUAGAUAUAAUGCCAACACUGAUGAAAAAUAG